AUGAAUCUUACCUAUGAAUCUAGAAGACCAUUGUUGGAGAUUGCCUGCUUCAACGGCCAGUCAGGGGUUCAUGCAGAGCAAGGAGGUGCUGAUCGAAUCGAAUUAUGCCACGAUUACACGUCCGGGGGUCUUUCCCCUGACCCCGCUGUGCUGAGUGGAUUGAAAGCCCAAGUUGCAAUUCCGGUCUAUGUGAUGAUUCGACCACGUGCCAACGACUUCCUUUACAGCAACCAAGAAUUUGAAGUCAUGAAAUCCACAAUGAUGACUUUGAAAAACGCAGGCGCGGAUGGCUUUGUUUUUGGCAUUCUCAACCACGUUCCGUCAGACAACCCCACAUGUUCCUGGAUCGACGAGCGAAACAAACAACUUGUCCAGCUGGCAGGCGAAAAGCCCUGUACUUUCCAUCGCGCUUUUGAUUGCAUUCCCGAGGAAUGUUGGGGCACGGCACUUAAAGACCUGGCGGAGUGCGGUUUUGCUUCAAUUCUCACAAGUGGGGGUCCUUCGGGGGACACAGCAAUCGAGUGUGUUGAUCGUCUAGCUGAACUAUUUCAACAAGUGGAUCUAGUCCAAUCACAAAUACCCGCCGUCUUUGUCCCGGAGAUUAUUGUUGGUGGUGGUGUCAGAUCGUCUAACAUUCAACUUCUUUGGGAGAGAACACAUGCACGAGCUUUUCAUUCCAGUGCAUUGGUUACCGGCGAUUGUGUAGAGCCCAGCGAGGUAAAAGACUUGGUGAAUUCGCUUUCUACAGUGUCGAUCGCGAAGGAUUAG